AUGGAUAUGCAAGGUACCCCCGUGGGAGGCCUCAGUGCUUCUAAGAAGGUCACAUCCGAUCCCGAGAGCAAACAGUACUCAAAGCAAGAAGGUGCAGGAGCAGUAACAUCAGACUCACUCGCCGUCUCACUCGCCGCAGAGUCUGCAGGUUCAGGUGGAGCUUUUGAAGAGAACCGAGAUUCAAAUCCUUCGGGGACCGGUGCAGGACUCUCUGGCUCAGAAGACCCAAGCAGCAAUUAUGUUGGUGAAGGUAACAACAGCAACGAGCGAUCCACUUCCGGUCAAAAUUACUCUUCGUCAACCACCGGCUCUGGAGGCAGUGCGAGCGGGCGUGAGGACACAGCGCCCGGUUACGUGUCAAGUGUAACGCAGCCGUUUAAUUCCAACAAAGUCAAGGGUUCGAACAUCUCUGAGGGCUCCGAGGAAGAUUUCAAAGGACCAAGUACUCAGGAUGCUGAGAUUGGGUCGGAAAAUGACCCCGGUAGGAGAGCUGAGAAUGAUUUCCAGAGGAUGACGCAGCAGAGUUCUGGGUCGACGGCCCCGAGACAAGGUGGAAAGAGCGACGAGGGACAGUAUGGCGCCUUGUCAGAUGAUCAAAAUUUGUAG